GCGGAGAAUUCUACGACAUCGCCUUCAAGGUAAUGCUGGUUGGGGAUUCUGGGGUGGGGAAAACCUGCUUGCUGGUUCGUUUUAAAGACGGAGCAUUUCUGGCUGGAAGCUUCAUCUCAACAGUUGGGAUAGACUUCAGGUGAUUGGUGAGGAGACAGCUUAAAAAGCUCACACUCCUGCGGAUCGAGGAGAGAGAACUGGGAGACGUUGGUGAGUCCUGUGGGACCAAAGAGUGGAACUAUUAUCCGAGAAGUCAAGUCGUGUGGACUGCCUAAAGAAUCUAUUACCUUAUGUGUGAAGCGCCAUUUGCGCCUUUUUGUUGUUUUGGAAAUAAAAGAAUCUCACGUCUCCCAGUGAACGCCGACCCCGUGUCCUUCCUUGUAUAUAUAGAUACUUUGAACUUUGUUACACUGGUGCCGAAACCCGGGAUACAGGAAGGACCAGAGCCGCCGCCAUGUCUCAGCCAGGAUCGCCGUUUGCGGAGGUUGUCCAAUCCCUCGCCGGUCUUCACAGCCAACAACACCAGGCGCUGCUGGGUCUCCGUGAAGACCAGGAACGACGCUUUCAAGCACUUGUCCAGGCCCAGCAAGAAGACCGCGAGGCGUUCCGGAGCUGGUUGGACCAGGAAGCCACCGCCAGGGUGGCCAGCUCCCCAGCGGUAAGCCUGCCUCUGCAUAAGAUGGGGGCUCAGGACGACCCGGAGGCUUUCCUGGAGCUUUUCGAGAGGUCUGCGGAGAUUUCUGGCUGGCCACAAGACGUUUGGUCGGCCCGGCUGAUUCCCUUGCUGACGGGAGAGGCGCAGUUGGCCGCCCAGCACCUGCCAGUCCAGAAUCUCCUGGUAUAUGCAGAACUCAAGAAAGCCAUCCUCCAGCGAGUCGGACUGAGUCCCGAGCAACAGAGGCAGCGAUUCAGAUCUUUGGAGCUGGGGGAUGCAGGCCAACCCUUCGCCCUGGCUCAACAGCUCCGGGACGCAUGCCGCAAAUGGCUGAUGGCUGACGGAGGCGACGUCGACGAGAUCCUCGAUCGUGUGACACUGGAGCAGUUCGUGGUGCGGCUUCCGCCGAAGACCGCACAGUGGGUCCAGUGCCACCGACCGGCGUCGCUGACGGAGGCCAUCCAAUUGGCUGAGGACCAGAUGGUGGCGUGCCCCGGGGUCGGCGUACCCCGUUCAUCUCUCUCUCUCCAACCUGUUUCUUCUCCCCCUCCCUGACCUAUUCCCUUUCCCAGGUCUCCGGCGUCAUUCCUACCCAGGCCCGCACCCAGGAAUCGAGACCUAAUGGGGAACGGUCGACAAUACUUCCGGGGACCUGGUCGAUACAUGCAACCUGCCGUCUCUCCACCUCCACAAGCCUCUCCUCACCAAUCCGGCGGCGGAAAAGUCUGGGCCGACCUGUUGGCGGUGUGGGGAGCCGGGUCACACGAUCGACCGCUAACAGAUGAUGGAGGUCGGGACGAUGAUCCGGGUCCCCGACGACCCACAGGUUGCCCUCGAUUCAGCCGGCCUGUAUCAAAUACCUGUGAGUAUCAAGGGGAAUACAUAUCAGGCCUUGGUGGAUUCAGGAUGCAACCAGACCUCCAUCCACCAACGCCUGAUUCGGUCCGUGGCAAAGGAUAAGAGCCGCAUGGUUAAGGUACGGUGUGUACACGGGGAUGUGGUGAACUAUUCUUUAGUGACGAUGCCUAUACAAUUUAGGGGUCAGAAGCAUAGAGUAAAGGUGGCGGUUAAUCCCCAUCUCAAACAUCCGCUAAUUUUGGGGACGAAUUGGCCGAUGUUUUCUGUACUAUUGGGGAAAUUAUGUGCGGAUGUUUCCUCGGGAAAUCAAGGGCGACGGAAGACCGCGGUUGUGCAGGCGGGGGAAGCUGAGCCGGAACCUAGAGGGACUGAUCCAGGGGAACGGAGUACCGUAGAGAGACAAAAUCUCUCUCGGUGUGAUGAUUUUGCCCUGGAACAGUCUCACGACGACUCGCUUAAAAAUGCGUUUCAGCAGGUUCGUACCAUCGACGGACAGCGUCUUCACCCUGCACAGCCGCUUGUCUAUCCGUAUUUUGCCAUUUUAAAAGACAGGUUGUAUAGAGUGACCCGAGACACUCAGUCAAAUGAUACAACACAAUUAGUUGUCCCACAGAGCCGCCGGGAAAUGCUUUUCCAGACGGCUCACCGUAAUUCAAUGGCGGGUCACUUAGGACAAAUAGCAACACUAAACCGUUUUAUGGCCCGCUUCUUUUGGCCGGGCAUUCAUGAGAACUUGCGCAGAUGGUGCGCGUCUUGUCCUGAAUGUCAGUUGGUAAACCCACCGGCCACUCCUAAGGCACCAUUGUGUCCCCUUCCGUUGGUUCAGGUCCCCUUCGAGAGAAUUGAUAUGGACCUGAUCGGGCCAUUAGAACGGUCGGCACGGGGACACCGUUUCGCAUUGGUCUUAGUAGACUAUGCGACACGAUAUCCCGAGGCAGUGGCUCUCCGCAACAUUUCGGCUAAAAGUGUUGCGGACGCCCUGUUUAGCCUUAUCUCCCGUGUGGGAAUCCCGAAAGAGAUUCUCACGGAUCAAGGCACGGCGUUUAUGUCACGGACUCUCCGCGAACUAUACGGAUUAUUAGGCAUUAAAACAGUCCGUACAAGCGUCUACCACCCACAGACGGACGGCUUGGUCGAACGCUUUAAUCGCACUUUGAAGACUAUGAUCCGGAAGUUCGUACACGACGACGCCAAGAAUUGGGAUCGGUGGCUAGAACCCCUAUUGUUUGCGAUACGAGAGGUCCCCCAAGCCUCCACGGGGUUUUCCCCCUUUGAGUUACUCUAUGGACGCCAGCCCCGUGGGGUUCUGGACGUCCUAAGGGAAGCUUGGGAGGACGGACCCUCAGACAGCAAAAAUCAAAUUCAAUAUGUCCUGGACCUGAGAGCAAAACUCGAUACACUGGGGCGGCUCUCUAUGGAAAAUUUGCUACAGGCCCAGGACAGGCAGAGUCGGCAGUAUAAUAGGGGUACUAGCUUACGUAAAUUUGCACCGGGAGAUAAAGUGCUCAUACUACUCCCCACCUCGAGUUCUAAAUUACUCGCAAAGUGGCAAGGGCCGUUCGAGGUCGCACGGCGAAUAAACGAUCUCAAUUAUGAGGUAAUACGGUCGGAUAGGAGCGGAGCACAUCAAGUAUAUCACCUUAAUCUCCUUAAAAAAUGGAACGAGGUGAACCCGGUGAUGCUGGCGACGGUAGUGAGCAGAGAGGAUGAUCUCGGACCAGAAGCAAAAUGUCCACUUCAAUCUCUUGCCCUGGCCCUGGGGGGAGAUCACCUCUCACCCUCCCAGCUCACCGAGGUAGCCAAGUGGCAGGCAGAUUUUGCGGAUGUGUUCUCGCCCCUACCCGGUCGUACCAAUCUCAUCGAGCACCAUAUUGAGACCAAACUGGACGUAAUAAUUCGCAGCCGGCCCUACAGAUUACCUGAACAUAAGAAAAAAGUAGUUCAGGAAGAAUUAAAAGCAAUGCUUGAGAUGGGGGUAGUAGAAGAAUCCCAUAGUGAUUGGGCGAGCCCGAUAGUUUUGGUCCCUAAAACAGACGGCUCAGUCCGGUUCUGUGUGGAUUAUAGAAGGGUGAAUGCUGUGUCGAAAUUCGAUGCAUAUCCGAUGCCACGGAUUGACGAGUUGCUGGAUCGGCUUGGUUCGGCUCGUUUUUUUUCGACACUGGAUUUAACUAAAGGGUACUGGCAGAUUCCCCUAUCUCCUCUAUCCAAAGAGAAAACCGCCUUCACCACGCCGUUUGGAUUACACCAAUUCGUAACACUUCCAUUCGAGUUAUUCGGAGCUCCGGCAACCUUCCAGCGCCUCAUGGACCGCCUGCUGCGACCACAUGCGGGGUAUGCGGCGGCAUACCUGGACGACAUUGUUAUAUAUAGCAACGACUGGGAGCGGCAUAUACAACAUCUAAGGGCGGUACUGAGUUCGCUGAGAAGGGCCGGACUGACGGCUAACCCGAAGAAGUGUGCAAUUGGGCGGGUGGAGGUAAGGUAUCUGGGCUUCCACUUGGGUCAUGGGCAGGUGCGUCCCCAAAUUGAUAAGACGGCAGCAGUUGCAACCGCACCAAGACCAAAAAGGAGGUAAGACAAUUCCUGGGGCUAGCGGGAUAUUAUAGAAGGUUUGUACCUAAUUAUUCGGACCUCACUAGCCCGCUGACUGAUCUUACUAGAAAGGAGGCACCGGAUACCGUCCAGUGGACGGAGCCAUGCCAGCAGGCUUUUACCAAGGUGAAGGCUGCUCUCUGUGGCGGACCGUUAUUGCACUCCCCUGAUUUCUCUCUUCCUUUCUCGUUACAGACGGACGCGUCGGAUCGGGGCGUGGGGGCGGUUUUGUCCCAGGAGACGGGGGGUGAGGAAAGGCCGGUGCUGUACCUUAGUCGAAAGCUCUCUAGGAGAGAGACAAAGUACAGCACCAUAGAAAAGGAAUGCCUCGCAAUUAGGUGGGCCGUGCUCACCCUCCGCUACUAUCUCCUGGGGCGCGAAUUCACGCUCCAUUCGGACCACGCUCCUCUCCAAUGGCUCCACCAUAUGAAAGAUACCAACGCGCGGAUCACCCGUUGGUAUCUGGCGUUACAACCUUUUAAAUUCAAGGUGAUCCACAGACGGGGGUCUAAGAU